AUGACACGUACAAAGUUAUUGCUGCCAGUGGCCAUGAGUCUACUGUUCUUGCUAUCAAUGGCAAUGUACAGUGUGUCUGGCGAUACAAACAAUGUCAACAACGUCAACAAUCUACAUAAUAUAAAUAGUGCCAACGAGGCACAAGAGGCACAAGAGGCACAAGACGCAAAGGAGGCAAAGGAGGCAAAGGAGGCACAGAAGGCCAAUGAAGUAUGGAUCAAUCCAAUCACUUUACAAAGACAGAAUCUACCUUAUGAUCCCAAUUGGACACCUAAAUAUAAGCGUGACGGUUAUGAACUUGGUCGCGAGUUGUAUAGGAGGUCAAGUCAACAGAAUAUAGUCUACGUCUUAUCGCCUACUGAUCAACGUACGUUGGGCAAGGACUUCCAUAUGCGAUCGGCAAUAGUACAACUACAUCAAUUUGGUCUCAGGACGAUGGUGGUGAGCAAGAUUGAGGACGUACCAUCCGAUGCGAAUCUGGCCCUGGUGCUGCCCAAGCUCACUGGUCGCUCAAAGUCCUUCUUUGACCUGCUCGUCAGCUGUCUCGGCUACUCCAAGGAGAAGGACUACAGCACACAAAGGUUCUUCUCUCAGGUCUUUGUCUUUGGUCGCCCCGACGACUAUGACACGUUCCAUCUCGACCUCGACCUAUUCGUUGGCAGUCACAAGCAGUACCAUAUCACUCGCCACUACCUCAAGGACCGCUUCGCCGUGCAGCUCUACGUCGAGUUGCACAGCAUCAAUCCAAGUUUCAAGUGGGCCAACGUCUAUGAGAAGAUGGAUCGACUCAACUUCCCCGAUCGCGAGGUCGACUGCACCAAGGAACACACUACCAUCUAUCCGAUCUAUGGCUGGGGCAUGUACUCUGUGCUACACUUCCUCGUGGCCAACGCCGUACAAGGUCUGCGCUACAACCGCAUGACCUCCAUCAUCCAAGGACAGUUCCCCUAUGGACCAUUUGACAAGAUGUUCAUUCCUUCAUCAAGUUGCGACUACUAUGAUUAUGAUGCUGGACAACUCAGCAGCUUGAGGGUCGAGCCAUCUGGACCAUCUAAAUACGAAAAGUAUGAGAUUGAUAAUGGAAUCUACGUCAAGACAUUUGAUGCAGUGCGCGAGUUCAUCACACCAAACACCAACUACACGGAUAAUCGUGUGGAGAAGUUGCAGUUCAUCUCAAUGCUCUUCACUUACUACCUGACGCCAUCGUUUGCCAUGCGCGACUACAUGGCCAAUCAGGUGGUCGAGGUGUUUGGCGGACCGAACCAACCAAGGUGUAUUGCCAUCCACGUCAGACACGGCGACAAGAGUCGCGAGAAUGUCGUGCACCCUUUCUGGGCCUACGAGGAGGUGCUCACUGCCAACUCAAACAAGGGCAUCAGGGACGUGUUCCUGCUGACCGACGACCAGGGCAUCAUCGAGGAGGCCAAGCGAUCAAAGACAGACUACAGAUUCCACUGGAUCAAGCAGCAACGAGCCAACAACUUCAACAUCAACGACACUGCACACGCGCCAAUGUCGCUGGCGCAAGACCAGUUCGACCCGCUGAACGAGCGCGUCACCUAUGGAAUGCAGACGUUCGCCGACGUCUACAUCGCAUCGCGCUGUGAGAUGUUCGUCGGUACAAUGACGUCCAGUGUUGGCAGAUCCAUCGUCGAGUUCCAGACCAUACACUACAACAGAGGCUCACAGAGCUUCUACUCUUUGGAUGGAGAUUGGGACUACUGGGGCGUCUGGUAG